CAGUUUCUUGUUGAGUGUUUUCUUCUUCUUCCUUCACGAUGGGAGGCUGUACUUCCAAGCCUUAAAAACCCAAAGACAACCACCCAAAAUAACUAUCCUACCCUGCCUCAGCCACCCAAAUCUCCUCCGCCUCUCCUGCCUCCGACCACCCCUUUUCUUCCCACUUACAAUCCGAGUCCGGCUCACCCAACCAAACCCAAAACUCCUUCGACGCCGCUGAGGUUUCUUAAGAAAUCGUUUCCGUCUCCUUCUCCGGCGAAACACAUCCGGGCGGUCUUGAGACGGUGGGAGCGUAGCGGGAAUUGCGGAGACGAAGGAGGAUGAGGAUGGAGUUGAACCGGAUAAAAGAUUAGGGGUUUUGAAGGAGUUGAGGAGUAAAUUGGAAAUUGGGGAAGAAGUUGGGUAUAUUUGUUCUGCUAAGCUCAAGAAAGGAAGUUAAAAGGAGAACAGGUUGCUGUUAAAGAAAAGAAAAGGCCACAUGGCUUUGAAAUCUUCAAACUUGUUGCGGAGCCAUCUUUUUUAUGGGUUUUUGUUGAAGUGGAGAAGAGAAAAAAGCAGAGUAAUGGCUAAGCCCCUGAAGUUUAAAGGGGUGGAUGAAGAGUUGCAAAAGAUUUUGGAUGCUAAUAUGGAUGAAGCACCUGCUAGAAGGAGAGCCAGGGAAGCCUUUAAGCAUAUUCAACUUGGACUUGAUCAUAUUUUGUUCAAGACACCUCUCGAUGGGCUGAAGAUGAAGGAGUCAUAUGAGAUGAAUUCUAGGGGACUGGAAAUUUUCUCAAAAAGUUGGCUUCCACAGACAUCUUACCCCAAGGCAAUGGUGUUCUUUUGUCAUGGUUAUGGAGACACUUGCACAUUUUUUGCUGAAGGGAUUGCCAGGAAAUUGGCAUCAUGUGGAUAUGGAGUUUUUGCAAUGGAUUACCCUGGAUUUGGCCUGUCUGAAGGUCUUCAUGGUUAUAUUCACAGAUUUGACUGGCUUGUGGAUGAUGUGAUUGAGCAAUACACCAAAAUUAAAGAGAAUCCUGAGUUUCAGACUCUUCCAUGCUUCCUCUUUGGUGAGUCCUUGGGUGGAGCUGUAGCUCUAAAGAUGCACUUAAAACAACCUAAUGCCUGGAGUGGUGCCUGUCUUGUUGCUCCUAUGUGCAAAAUCGCAGAUGACAUGGUUCCACCCUGGAUACUGAAGCAAAUUCUGAUCGGUGUAGCUAAUAUUCUUCCAAAACAGAAGUUAGUCCCACAGAAGGAUUUGGCAGAGGCGGCAUUUAGAGACAUUAAAAAGAGAGAACUGACACCCUAUAAUGUUAUUGCUUACAAAGACAAGCCACGCUUACGGACUGCGCUGGAGAUGUUGAGAACGACAGCCGAAAUAGAACAAAAUUUGGAGAAGGUUUCGCUUCCAAUAUUAAUCUUGCAUGGCGAGAACGAUAUCGUUACGGACCCAGCUGUCAGCAAAGCAUUGUAUGAAAAAGCAAGCAGCUCAGACAAGAACAUUAUUAUAUACAAGGAUGCUGGCCAUUCUCUUCUUGAAGGUGAACCAGAUGAUAUGAUUAACAGAGUUUUUAGUGACAUAAUUUCUUGGCUGGAUGAACAUAGCAGUAAUACUGCAGGCUAAUCGCAAUCUCUCUUAUUUAAUUUCAUUUAUAAAUAAUAAAUGGAACUAAGAUACAAUGUUAUGAUUAAAUUGGAAUAAGGAUCCACUGCAGUGCCAUAGAAUUGUGUAAAUUAAGGAAUUUAAAUUGAUUUGUGGGAUAUUUUAUUGUUCAUAAACCAAUUAAAUGACUACUAUUUCACCAUUGAUGCUUGAA